AAUUCAACAAGAGAAGAAGAAAGAACACAAGAAUUCUGAUCAGCUCACACUUUUAUGAUCUCCAUGGCUAUGAAAAACAGUGAAGAAAGUGUUAAAAGCUUAAUGAUGCUUAAGCUUUUCGUUAGAAAGAUACAGCGAGGUCUCAUGCAUUCAGCAACCAAAGGAUCAAGCCUGAAUGCAAGCAAGUUAAAGAAAGAUCAGAUAGAAGCUGCAAAAAUGGUACCAGAAGAUGUGAAACAGGGACAUUUUGCAGUACUUGCAGUGAAGGGUGGAGAACCAAAGAGAUUUGUUGUGGAGUUAGAACACCUCACUAAUCCAGCAUUCAUGAAGUUGCUAGAGGAUGCUGAAGAGGAAUAUGGAUUUCAGCAGAAAGGAGUUCUUGCAGUACCUUGUCAACCUGAAGAGUUGCAGAUAAUUCUUGGUGAGAGGAAAAACAGAAGAAUGAGCACUGAAUGGUAGUAGUACAUAUAUAUGCUGCUAAAUCAAGCUGCUUUUGCAGCAGUUCUUGGUUUUGUUUAGAGCAGAAACAUGAAUAUUCUAACCACAUAUUCUUUUGUUAGUUGAGUAUUCGUUGGUGCUUAAUGUGAGAAGUAAUGAAUAUAUAUUUGUAUGAUGAGGAAGAUGAUCCUCUCCAAUUAGCUUAGGAGUAAGGCUUAAUUGAGUGGAUUGUAUAUUAUGCUCAACAAACAGCAAAGAAGAAUUGUGGGUCUUGAAUUCUGGUUCAGGAAAUGAAAAUCUAAUCAUUUAACUUCA